GCCCUGGUGACGCAGAUGCUGACGUCUCCGGCCACAUUCUUAUCCUCAUUUCGCGGGAAGCUCCACCUUUUCCUUCUGGGCCGAGAAGCCGGUGCCGUCUGCCGAGCCGCCAUAGCUGCCGCAGGAUGAAGAUCUGGAGCUCAGAACACGAAUUCGGGCAUCCAUGGGAUACUGUAAUAAAAGCUGCUAUGAGAAAAUAUCCCAAUCCUAUGAACCCAUCAGUGGUAGGAGUUGAUGUCCUGGACCGAAGCCUUGAUAACCAAGGAAGAUUACAUAGUCACCGAUUACUUAGUACAGAAUGGGGUCUACCAAAUAUUGUAAAAGCUAUUCUGGGAACAAAUAGAACUGUUACAUACAUUAAAGAACAUUCUGUGGUUGAUCCAAUGGAAAAGAAAAUGGUAUUGAGCUCCACAAAUAUAACACUUACGAAUCUUGUAUCAGUGGACGAACGAUUAGUCUAUACACCUCAUCCUGAAAAUCCUGAAAAAACUCUCCUAACUCAAGAAGCAAUUAUUACAGUAAAAGGUGUUAGCCUCAGUAGUUACUUGGAAACUUUAAUGGCCAACACAAUAUCGUCUAAUGCUAGAAAGGGGCGUGAAGCUUUAGAAUGGGUGAUUGGUGAACUAACUUCAACACGAGACAGUAUGAAGUCAUCCAUGGCAGCUGCUUCAAUGGAAAACUGAUGAACUGUCACAAUCUUUAUUUUUCCAUUGGAUGUUUUGUUAUUGUUGUUGCUGAGGCAAAUACUCCAUACUUUUUUGAUAUACACAUACAGGCAGGCAGGCAGACAGGCAGAGUGAGAGUGUGUGUUAAUUUAUAAUCAGUUUUACAGGACACACUUCUUUUUUCCUUUACAUUGAAGCAUUUUGGGGACCCACUGCAUUAUAAUUAAGCUUAUUUUUGUGUUUUUACAUGGCUUCAAGCUAUAGGUACCUAAUUUCCCCACAGGACAGUGACUUCAAAUUCUAGCUAUUUACAUGGAUUUCAGACUUCAGAGUGGUUGAAGUUCAGUCUACAUAACUACAAAGCUGUGCUUUGAUAAAGAGCUAUGUGAAUACACUUUUGAAUUUCCUGCUCUUUUUGCUGCUUGAAUUUUAAUCAUUUAUGUUUUUAAGUACAGUUAUAGUUCUUUGGUGAAGUACAUAGGUACAAAAAAAAAAAUGGAGAUUCUGUCAACCUCCAGUGGCUACUUAUUUGUGGGGAUGGGGGGUGGAAUGACAGUCCAGAACAGUGUUUUUCAAAGUUGACAACUUUAAGAUGUGUGGAUUUCAACCCAGCCAGCAUGCUGGGAGUUGAGGUCCACACAUCUUAAAAGUUGCCAACUUUGAAAAACAUUGGUCCAGAAGAUAUAUAGAGGCAUGCUCUGAUUAAUUUCCUUAAUUUUGCAGCAUGGCCUCCUGUUUUAUUGGAGCCUGUUUGGGGAAUAUACCAAGCAGUGCUCCUUGGGGAGUUACAUUGUUUGUUGCAGAUUUCUGUGGUAUUAUUUUUGCACUGUUUGAAUGUAGAGGCUGAACAAGGAAUGCCAGCAUUUUACCUCUUUUUAUUUAUACUCAAACCACUGCUAAAGAUAGGGGAGCAGAUAUUUUGCUAGAAGAUAGUAAUUUAAUUCUUUUCUUGCCAGCUGCUAUUUAGUGCAUAAUUUAUUUUGAAAUGGAUUCAUUCUGGUCAUUUGUGAAAGGCAACUAAUACCUCAGUGGGAAAUACUAGAAAUCAAAAGUAUGUAGAGUUAUUUUUAUACAUUCAGGAUAACUUGCUUGUUUAGCUCAUUACUUCACACCAUGGAUUAGAAGGUUGCAAAAGGGUUUUAUAUUCCAGUCUGUAUUUCACACACUGCUUUGAGAAUUGUGUUUUAUCUUGUGCAUAGAACUGUUGGUAGGAACAUGAUGUUGUAAAACUCAGUUAAUGUUCUUUAGAGCCAACAGCCUUCACAUAGUUCAAAUUUUGGUUCUAACUUCAAAUUUAAAUGGAAUAUUCUUUCUAAUAAAAAUUCAGAAGUAGUUUUAUUGGUGAAGGCAAAUUGGAAAACAGCUGCUUAACUAAGUUAUUGCAGGGUUCUCUAGAUAUUGCACAAAGAGGACGUGGUAGAAAUAGGCUUGAAUUGCAAAGAAACUUUAAUGGAAUAGCAAUAGUUUUGAAUCAUUUUUGAAGCUAAGUAAGUUUUGUUUGCAUAUGAUUACAUUUCAUACAAUUUAAAUUUUUAUUUUUCUACAAGCAAUUCAUCACUAAUGAGUGAAAACCUGCUUUGUGACGUUUUCUCUAGAAAUUGGAAGCAGGAAACAUUUCAAACUCAUAAUAUAUCUUAGUAAUUCGUAUCGCAAAGCUUUAAAGGCAUGAGGCACAUAAUUGUUUUAUCUCCAGAGAAAGAUACAUGCCUAAACUGAAAAUGUCCCUUGAUUACCAAAAUCCAGUAAGAUUAAUAUAAUGCUUUCUCUUCAGAUUCUUUUUUUAAAUUAUUGUUUCAGAGAAACAAAGAAACUGAAGAGUACCUUUACUAGGAAAACUACUGUCCUGUUCCAUAUUCCUGCUAGAUUGAUUCUCUCUAUAAAGCAGACUGUUGCGAAGGCUUUUCCAGUCUAUAGUAUCUAUGAUACCAUUUUGCAUUUCCCCAUUCAUUUGUUGGCUUUACAGUAUAAUUGAGAGGGAAGCAACACUAAUGGCGGGGAUAUCCUUAGGCAUGCAUGAAAUCAACAGGGUCUGUGAUGUCAAAAUGUGCAAGAUGGUGGAUGCAGCAUUGCAGUCUUGCCAAUUUGGACAUUUGCUAUGGACCCUGCUGAAUGAAACCCUUUAUUAAGAGAAAGGAAAAGCAAAAUGUUACUAACAUCCAAUUUCACACUGUCUCACACACUAACAGAGUAAAUUAUAUCAAUAAAAGGAGAAUUGGCAAGGAAAAUAAUAGUCUUAAGGUUGUAUUUUCAGUCUCUUAACUGAAGAAAUCUAGCGUGUAUGCUCUGUGCCACUUCCAGCAGAUAAUAGUGAUCAUAUGCAGGUGUCUUUCAGAGUCUGUCAUCUGCCAAAUUUAUAUGCAUGUUCAAACAUUUGGUUCAUAUUGUCCAUGAAUCCACCUGGUCUUUAAUUGGUCUUGUAACCCCUUUCCUACUUGGAUGUGUUUUUACUUGUGUUUAAAAGUUCCUCAGUGUAAAUGAAGACAAAGCUUAUGUAUUUUCAAAAGAUGUAGCAGAAGUAUUUGGAGUAGGUGAAACUGUUCAUGCCAUCAUGAUCAGAAACAUUUGUGCAAAUUUCAUUUUCUACUUAACUUGGCUGUUAAAAUAGAAAAAUACUGUCUUCCCUAAUAAUGGGGUCCACUUCCUAGAAUAAAGAAGUCUUGAUUUUAA